UGCGGAGAUUAAAAAUGUCAGCCUCCAUACCGUCAGAAAUUGAUUGGCUUUAUCCUGAAUUAUUGACAAAAGACGGACUUAUUUUAAUAUUAAGUCAGAGGUACAUUCAAGAUGCCAAUCUUGGUGAGCUGGAUAAACAAGACCUACUUGAUCUGUACUACAAAUACAUCAUUCCUCUACCCCAGCGCAAAUAUCGGCCAAACAGGAGAGGGCGCGAGAUGACAAAGAAACAAAUAAUUUUGGCCAAAAAGAGACGACUGGAAUGGAAAGAUAGUGAAGAGCCUCCUGCAAAGAAGAAGAGUGACAUCGCGUCCAGUCGGUUUAUGUCAUCUUUUGAUCCGAGCUCCUCACAAAGUCGGCUGAAGCCUCCGCCUUCGUGUGUCAACUUUGAUAAGAAGGUCGUCAAGCUCGGCUCAGGGACAAAGUUAUCUUCUCCUACUAACAACUCUUCAAGUGGUUCGUCAGUGACAGGACUCACAAAGAAAAUAGUGAAAAUAACAAUGGAUUCUUCCCCCUCGUCAGAAACAAAACCUCAGGAUGACAAAUGUAAAAAGACUGUAUCUUUGAAAAAAACGAUUAAAGCGAUUAAUUCUCAUAUAAACACAAAAGACAUAAGUCCAGCCUGUAAAGAAGAGAAACCUAGUGCUGCAGAGAAUGGUGGUGAUGAUGUAGAGAUGAAAAAUGUUUCGUCCAUGGUAGAAAAAGAAGAAACACAGUUUUCUGAUGAUUCACCAAAGAAGAAAAUAAAAAUCAAGCGCAUUUCAUGGCCUUAGGAAUUGUGAAGAAGAAAUUAAAUAAAACUUGAUAAGUCAGUAUUUACUGAUGCAUCUUAGACAGCCUGCGUGUUAUAACUUAUUUGGUGCUGGUGUGAAUGUAAUAAUCACUACAAAUAGAUCUGUUAUCAUUUUGCAUCAAUGUCUGGUAAUGCAUGCACAUAAUUCUGUAUAUCAUGCUUUUUAAUGACAUUUAUGAAAUAUAAAAAUAUGGCAGUACUGAAAUCAUAAAAUAAAACAAUUAUAAAAUUGUAUAAUAAUAGUUCUAUUGAAGUCAAAUAAAGAUUUUAAAGCAUAACAUUUUAAAAUCUUGAGAAACAUAAUAUUGCUGAUCUAGUCCAUCUUCCAGUGACGUUUUACAAAUUCUGUGGACAUUCUCAGGUAGAAGCUUUACCAUAGAGUAUCAAAAAAAUAAAGCAAGGCACUGGUUAAAUAUUAUGUAAAGGAAGGAAAUGUUUUAUUUAACGACGCACUCAACAGUCAUAUGGUGUCAACAGUCAUAUGGUGUCGGGCAUAUGGUUAAGGACCACAUAGUUAUUGAGAGAGGAAACCCACUAUCGCCACUUCAUGGACUACUCUUUUCGAUUAGCAGCAAGGGAUCUUUUAUAUGCACCAUCCCACAGACAGGGUAGUACAUACCAUGGCCUUUGAUGUACCAGUUGUGAAAUAUUAUGUACUAAUUACACGGUCAGUGGCAUCAGCAUUGUUGGAUGUCACCCAGUGGUAGAGUGCUCACUUGAUCUAGAAUCGAUCCCGGUCCACUGGGUUAUUUCUUGUUCCAGCCAGUACUCCCUAAUUGGUGUAACAAAGGCUGUGGUAUGUACUAUCUUGUCUAUGGGAUGCUACGUAUAAAAAUAUUUUUUGCUACUAAUUGAAAAGAGCUGCCCACAAAGUGGUAGCAGCAGGUUACCUCGCUUUAUCUGCAUGGUUCUUAACCAUAUGUCCAUAAAUAUAAAUGUGUUACGUGAGUUGUUCAAUAAAACUUUUUCUUUUUUUUCAUUCAAAGCAGAGAAUGCCAACAGUGUCCAAUCCUGGUGUCUGCCAACAAUAGUUUGUUUUGUUUAAAACCACCACCAAAGCACAUUAAUUAAUCAUUGCUUUUGGAUAUCGAACAUUGGGCAGUUCUGAUAUGCCUUCAGAGGAAAUCUGUAAAAAUUUUCCAUUAGUAGCAAGGAAUCUUCCCCAAGACAGGACAGAACCUACCACAGCCUUUAAUAUACCAGUCAUGGGGCACUGGUUGGGAUGGGGGAAAUUCAUAAUUAAAGUGUUUUACAAACGGAGCUAGAUCCCAUCCCACAUCCUGUGAAGCUACUAUCUUGAGUAUUUAUUUUUAGUUAUUUAUUACAUUGCUUUUAUUCUUCAAUGUCAUUCUUCAAUCCCACCAACAGGGUAACACAUACAAUGGCCUUUGAUAUAUCAGUCGUGGUGCACGGACUUGGUAUCAAUGUUGUUUAAACACAGUUGAUAAUCUAUAGUCCUUCCUCCAGGGAACACCCUUUUUCAUACUAUGGAAUUUACUAAAGUUAUUUUCUCAUUCCGACCAGUGCACCUCAACUGGUCAAAGGCCAAAGUAUGUGCUUUCCUGUCUGUGGGAAAGUGCAUAUAAAAGAUCCAUGCUGCAUUAGGAAAAAAAUGUAGCGGGUUUUCUCCGACUACGUGCCAGAAAUAUCAAAUGUUUGACAUCCAAUAGCCUACAAUUAAUUCAUGUGCUCUAGUGGUGUCAUUAAACAAAACACACUUUUACUUUACUCAGCCCUUAAAUAAGACAACCAGGCACGAAAUUCAAAAUAUUUGCCAUUGAGAUACAUUGUACAUGUACACAUGUAGGCCUAGAAUCUAUAUCUUGGUUAAUAGAACCUGGCUCAUCAACCUUAGCAGGUGCUUAUAUCUUGUGGUAUUGAGCCACAAAUUAUUGCCAGUAAGAAUGUCUGCCUGCUUAUCACUGAUCUGGUUGCAAUGUAGAAAAAAGAAAACACAAAAAAAAGAGAGGACACAAUGACUUAAAUGCUUAUUUAUUCUUAAAAGCACAUGCAAAAUAUAAAAUUGCACAAUGGAGACAUAUAAUUAUAACAAUAACUAUAGAUUAAAUGGAAUGGUUAUGGAAUAUAUCUAAAAUUCAACUGUACACUUGAUGUAUAAAACGGACUUAAUUUAGCAAGUUUCUUCCAAAAGGAAUUCUGCACAUUUAAACAGAAAAAAGCAUUACCUCAAAUACAGGAUCACUUAAAAAGGUGUAGGCCUAACAAAUGAAAUUUAAAAAAACAACAAAGAAAAUAAAAACAUUUUGAUGUACAGUUUGCUACAAAACUUUAAUAUAUACAUGAAUAUAGGAAACUUUGUUCAUGUACAGUACACAUCCAUGUAUUAACAAAUAACAAAUCCACAUGCAUGUACAAUCAGUUUUGUACUUUAUAUAAGGUAUAUUACCUGCAUACUGUAAAAGAUGAAAUUAAUGUUUGAGAGAAAUUAAUGUGAAAAAUGCGAGAUGGUAACAAACGCAUUAAUUCACAAUGCAUUUAUGUUUGUAAAAAUAAAAAGACAACUCGGUGAACAGGUAGUUUUAUUCACUUAGUAUCAUUAAACAGCUAAUUAGUGAACAAUCACACCGGUACUGUUAGCUUUGCAAAGAACAUGUUCUUUUGUUUCUUAAAAAAGACUGGCUUUCUACCAAACUUGUUUCAUAGUCUUUAAAGAUAAAGACUGUUUACAAAUAAUCCACUAUGCAUGAAUGGAUUUUAGGAAACUAUAUUUCC